AUGCAUCCUUUGAGCCCAGUCAGGCCGGAUGAGAUCUCGGCGGUAUCUCGCUUGCUGCAGGCGUCAUUGAAGGGAGUUGGCCUUCGGUUCAAGAUCAUCGAUCUCCAGGAGCCCAUCAAGAAAGAUCUCGUUCCCUUCCUGGAGGCAGAACGAACCGGAGCGGUGCUACCUCGGCCGCCUCCUCGUAUCUUCUAUGCUCUCUUCGAUCGUCUUGACAAUGGAAACUUCGUAAAGGCCCUUGUCAAUGUCACCAACAGCCAUAUCAUGAGCAUUAGGGAGCUUCCCAAAGAUCUUCAUGGUCCCGUCGAUGGCGACGAAGUUUUGGAGCUGGAAGCAAUGUGCCUAAAACAUCCCGACGUUAUCGCUGAAAUCGAAAAGCUCCAACUUCCACCAGGAGUCACCGUGUGCACAGAUCCUUGGGUCUACGGGACCGACUCGGAAUCGGAAACUCGACGGCUUACCCAGUUUUACAUGUAUCUCGUGGACAACAACCCCGAAUGCAACCACUACUCUUUACCGCUAAAGAUCUCACCCGUCUUUGACACCACCACCAAGACACUGAUCAGGAUCGAUUAUCUUCCUUCUGGAGCGGACGAGAAGACAACAGAGACAACACCCUGGAAGCCGACUAAGGCGGUCGAAUUUGCACCAGAGCUCCUCACUGAGCCGAUGCGCGAAGAUGUCAAGCCAUAUAUAGUUCAGCAGCCGGACGGUGCCUCGUUCACUAUCGAAGAUGAAAAUGUUGUUCGGUGGCAAAAGUGGCGCUUCCGCGUGCGGUCAACGUACCGCGAGGGCAUUGUCCUACAGAACGUUACGUACGAUGGGCGAAACGUCAUUUAUCGCAUGGCAAUCAACGAGAUGACAGUUCCGUAUGGUGACCCUCGCGCUCCGUACCACCGAAAACAGGCUUUUGAUGCUGGUGAUGUCGGCUUUGGAGCUACAGCCAAUGCCCUCAGUCUCGGAUGCGAUUGCCUUGGCCAUAUCCACUACUUUUCCUCUGUCCGCGCAUCGUCCUCCGGAAUGCCAGUUGAUAUGCCGAACGUGAUCUGCCUCCACGAGCAAGAUGCCGGACUGCAGUUCAAGCACACAAAUUACAGGACGAACACUGCCACAGUUGUUCGCAAUCGACAGUUGGUUGUGCAGAUGAUAUGCACCCUGGCUAACUAUGAGUAUAUAUUUGCCUAUAUUUUCGACCAAGCUGGAGGCCUUGAGACCGAAAUCCGGGCCACUGGUAUUCUCUCCACCAUGCCGAUCGAUGAGGGCAUCACAGUCCCUUGGGGCACCAAUGUUGCUCCCGGAGUGAUGGCAGCGAACCACCAACAUCUGUUCUCUCUACGUAUCGACCCUGCAAUUGACGGAUACAAUAACACAGCGUUCUUUGAAGAGAGCAUGGCAAUGGAGAGGGACCCAAAGCUGAAUCCUUACGGAGCGGGAUACGUGGCCAAGCAGACCAGCAUCGUGCAAUCUGGUUCAGCAGUCUUGGACACAUCUAAGAACAGGGUCUUCAAGAUUCGGAACGACAGUGUCAUCAACCAGGUCUCUCAAAAGCCUGUCGCAUACAAGAUUCAUGCCGCACCUUCCCAGAUGCUGGUGUUUGGGGAUGAUACAUAUCAGGUGCGACGGGCUCGUUAUGCGACGAAACCAUUUUGGUUCACCAAAUACCGCGACGACGAGUUGUACGCUGCGGGUGAAUUCACGAAUAUGAGCCGGGCAAGCUCGGGCGUCGAGGUUUGGUCUGGACGGGGUGACAACAUUGAGAACAAUGAUGUUGUGAUUUGGCAUACAUUUGGGCUCACCCACAAUCCUCGCCCCGAAGAUUUCCCUGUUAUGCCGGUUGAGAGAAUCAGCGUCACCUUGAAGCCGGAUGGGUUCUUCACCAAGAACCCCGCGCUUGAUGUACCGCAGUCCAGUCAACGGUUCAACAAAUCUAUUCUUCAUCAGGACAAAGCAGAGCCUAUUGUGGAUACAUCAUCGUCCUGUUGCAGCACAUAUGUACCCAAGGCUCAUAUGUAA